AUGGAGAAUGACAAGGGGGACGGCCAGGUCAAGAUUGACAUGAAGGAGCAUCAGUGGAGAAUUUUCGAAUACAACAUGAGCAAAUGGAUGAUUGAAAAUAAGUACAUUUUGGAUCAGGAAGAAAAGAAGAAGUUUUACAAGUGUGCAAAUUAUAGCAUAGGAACUGGAAUUAUAAAUGCGUCUUUAGUGUACUUUUUUUGCAAAAGGAACCAAAAAUUUUUUAGCCCCAUGUCCAGAUUUUUUUUAACCUUUUCCUUGGGCGUAUACACCUCCAUGCUGGUGAACAAAAUUUUCAGAAGGAAGGCCUAUAUGGAGAUCCUGACGGAGAAGACCACCAUGACCGAUAAAGCGAGAGAAGUAAUGAAUGACAUUUUGAAUGUGAAGGAUGAAGUUGGAAAAGUUCCCUCCUCCACGGGAAGUGUCAAUAGGUUGGAUAGUACGAGCACGUCCAAUGUGUAUUCCAAGGGCCUGUAUGAUGACGGACAGGCACAGAUACAAGAGGAUCUCUCGACCAAGGGCAAUGCAAAUAUCCCCUUUGUUCAAGAUCUAAAUAACACAAUUCUGAAUGAGCAGAUGAGUGACGACUUUGAAAGAUGCAAAGAUUUGUCAGUUUGCACGGAUGAAAAUUUAAAACGCAUGAUAAAAAUAUUAGAAAAAAAUUCUUGA